AAAACAGCCUAUUAGAACACAGAAGACAACUGGGGAAUGUUUAAUUAGCACUUCAGUCUGUAUCUGCAAGCAAAAGGGUCCCAGCUGUAGGGGCGGACAGCGAGGGAUUGGACAAGAUAGAGUUAAGGAGCCGAAAGCCUUGGGAGGAAUAAAUAGCAGUAUGUAGAUAAGGUAGUAGCUGCACAGGAUGAGAAGGAGUGAUGAUGGGAACUUGACCUUCGAGAAAGUACCGAUCCGGGCUAGAGCUUAUAUAAAGGGCUUGCUUGCUUGAAUAAAGUUGAUUCUGAUCCAGCACAUCGGAGUCCGUGAAUCAGACCGCCACAAAUGGCGCCCGAACAGGGACCUGAGACUGAUUUCGUCCAGGGCUGUAGAGGCAGCGGUUAGCUGAACCGGUGGCAGAGCCUGGCUGAACAAAGAGCUGCUGAAAGGAAGCAGAAGGGGAGCCGCUGAAAGGAAGCGGCAUUGCGCGCAACAGGUUACCUACCACUGGACGGAGGUAAGCGGCCGGGAACGCGUGGGAGUCGUGGGAAACGGAAUCUCCCCGCAAGAUAGGUCCGUGCUAAACGUAAUGCAAAAGACUUUGAAACAGCAUGGCAGAGAGAUGCCCCGCAAGAUCUCCAAAUGUUAUUGAUGUGGGCACGCUCGAACUGUCCCGAGGUGAAUUCUAGCACGAUUUAUAGCCUUGGUACAUGGGACUCAAUCGGAGUUAAGCUCUGGGACGCGGCAACAAGAAAUGAUAAGACGGCGGCAGGACUUUUAGCCCCGUGGCAUACCAUGCUUGAGACCCUGAAAGAGCAUAGCAAGAAGAAAACACAGGGACUGGAGGCACCCGCAGCCCCCACAGCACCUCUGUCAAGCGACACGGCGGUGGGUGGACGGGACUCCCCAGGAAACGACCCAGACAAUCCAUUUGACCCAGGGCCGAUCGAUCCGGAACAGGAGCCGGACCUCUAUCCGCCUCUUAACACGCCUUGCUGUGUCCAUCUUACGGCCCCUUCGGAACCACCGCCCCCUCAAGAGACUGGGCCUCCUGCGAGUGCGGACUGCCCACAACCCCCCCACACGCUGACCCGGCCUUCUGGGAAGGAUCCAUCACCCCAGGGCCGCUCGCGGGGCGUGACUACACCCGCCUGGCUUCUUCCCUCCCUCCUUUCCUCCCUGCCUUCCUUCCCCUCCCGCCCGGCCGUUCCUCUCUCCACCUGGUGCCGCCUCCACCUGGUGCCGCCACCGCGGAGCAGCAGGAGGAGGAACAUGGCAAAAGCGGAGCAGGGCCUCAGCCUCAAACGGCAGCACAAGCUCAAAUUCAAAGAGCCUUUCACAGAUGUUGUCACCAUAAACCUGAAGCUCGGCAAUCCUACAGACAGAAAUGUGUGCUUCAAAGUUAAGACCACAGCACCACGUAGAUACUGUGUAAGACCUAACAGUGCAAUUAUCGAUGCAGGAACAUCGAUUAAUGUUUCUGUGAUGCUACAGCCUUUUGACUAUGAUCCUAAUGAGAAAAGUAAACACAAGUUUAUGGCAAAAAAACAAAAACAAAAAACAAAAAACCCCAAAAUACCCACCAACCAACAGUCUAUGUUUGCUCCAGCUGAUACUUCAGAUAUGGAAGCAGUAUGGAAAGAGGCAAAACCAGAAGAACUCAUGCAUUCGAAACUUAGGUGUGUGUUUGAGCUACCAACGGAAAAUGAUACGCCUCAUGACAUAGAAAUGAAAUUGUAUCCACAACUGCAACAAAGACAGAUUCUUCUGUAAUGUCUAAAUCAAUAAGUCCCUCUUCGGAGGCAUCCAGCUCGAGCUGUAAUUACUGCACGUGUAUCAUUAAUAUUUAAUUAUUUAAUUUGCUUUGAUUUGGCUCUGAACUUUUCUGCAGGAACCUAGGGUCAGGCCCUGCUAUGGUGGCCGACAAGCCUAAUUUCCAUAGCAGUUUGGCGACCCAGGUGGGACCCUAGGCGACCACUGUCGAGGCCUCUCAUCUCCAAACGAUCAUCUGGCGCCAUCGGGUGAGUUCACCUGGGAUCUUUGGCAACGAGAGGCCCCGAAAAGGUGAGUCUUAAAUUCCCGCCUAAAUUCUAAAUUCUGGUCUGGUAACAGUGCACUGUAAGGGGUGCGCGGGCUGGCCACCGUAAGGCGUACCAGGGGGAUGGGCACGAGUCCCAUCCCCAGGGUUUGAGUGGGUUUUAAGUCCCAGCUCGGUCCGGCCGGAAAGGGGAGUGCGCAGCCUGAUCAGCAUAAGGCGCACUGCAAGACUGUAAGACAGAAGUCUAAAGUCACCGUGACUGGUGUGAGUGUGAGCAGUACUGUGUGUGCGAGUGCGUAUAGCCUGGGAACCAGCCGGGGCGCCUGUCGGCUGAGGAAGCCGCCCACUGUGAAGGGACAGCAGUCCUAGCAGUUAAAGACUCGGGGGGGGUGUGAGUGCGGUUCCCAGAGAGUGAGAGAAAGAGAGUGUGUGAUUAAAAAAAAAAAAAAAAAAAAAAAGUUGGUCCAACUAUGUCAGGAGGAUUGCCCAUUCCUGACAAAGGAGGAAAACCCAGCGGAACCCAGCAAGGGACUUUUGAUGAGCAGGCUAAAUUGUCCCAUGAUUUCUUUUUUUUCACCAAAAUGCAAAAGCACUACAAAAAACUUAUCACAAGAGACCAGGCCCAAGACAUUAUUUGAAGUUGCCCCGAUUGCCAAAAUGUAUCCCCGUUACCACCCUACUCAGGGACCAAUCCUCGAGGCCUGCAGCCUUGCAAUGUCUGGCAGACAGACGUUACCCAUUAUCCCUCAUUCGGAAAAUUGAAAUAUGUCCAUGUCUCUGUAGAUACCUUUUCCCAUUACGUUGUCACUACUGCCCAUGUUGGGGAAAAAAGCCGUGAUGUAUGUCGUCACUGGCUUGCCUGUUUCGCCACAGUGGGGGUUCCCACUCAAAUUAAAACUGACCGUGGUCCCGCAUACACUGCACAACGAACGCGGGCAUUUCUUCAAACCUGGGGGGUCACUCAUGUGACAGGAAUUCCCCAUUCCCCAACUGGCCAGGCAAUAGUGGAACGUACCCAUCGUACUCUAAAAAACAUGCUUGAAAAACAAAAAAGGGGGAAUAGCCCCGGUGCCUCCCCACAAGAGCAGCUGUGGAAAGCCUUAUAUGUUCUCAACCUCUUAAACUGUUAUACGGACCAGAGUGCAGUUAAUAAGCAUUUCUCAUGCCCUACGUGGCAAGA